AUGGAUAUCGAGAUUUUUAAGCUUAGUAAACAAGCGGAUAAAAAGCGUCUUGUUGAAUAUUUGGAUCAACAAUCAAAAGAAGAAUUUACUCAACUUGUUUGUCAUAAAUUGAAUGAUUAUCAUGCAAGCAAUGAUGUGGAUACCUUAUUACUUUUAAGGGCUUUGAUUCAAGGUAUUCAGAAUAGAAACAAGUUAAGUGAUGAAGAGAGAGAAUCGCCCGAGAAAUCAAAACAAGCUUCUCUAGUUGUCAAUCUCAUCUUACCAGAAAUCGAGAGUCUGCCUACAUGGAUCCUUCGUGAUGCAGCAAGAACAAUAACGCAUGCAAUUCAACAAAAGAAAGUUCAAUUGCGUCUGUUGGACAUAUUUGUCAAGAUAUGGAACAUAUUAGCUGCAGCAGAAAAAGUGAUUGAAUUAAGUGAUCUGUUUGACAGGUUAUUAGAAGCAGAAUGGCAUGAUUAUUUAGUGGUUGGCAUGGCUUCUGCAUUGAAUGAUAUGGAGUUAUCCAACCCUCAAUUAGAAGCCGUCUUGAGAUACAUGAUCAAAAAAUUGCCUCAAAUUGAAGUAGAAGAAGUGCCUCCUUUUAUUUAUCAAUUGCUACUUAUUUCUCGAAAAGUAAUUGAAAGUACAGUCAUGUUGCAUUUAUCAUUUGCACUUAAACAAGACCAAGACUUGGGUAAUGAACUAAUUAAACUCAUCAAGACAAACAAGUCAAGCCAAUUUGAAGUGUUCAACAUGGCUUACCCUAUUUUUGAUUUAUUCAAGACCAACAUCAUGUCUGUCUAUAAAGACAGUGAGAAACUCGAACGGUGUUAUUGGAUCUCUGACUAUUCUUCUUUAGAAGCAGACAGGUUUGGUCAAGUGUUGUUAGAAGUGACUGAGAGGUCAGCCGUCUCGGGUUGGGACCAAGUCAUUCAAAGCUUAACACAACUGUCUUUGAUCUUGGUUGAUACAGCCACCAGUAUCGGUAGUUUCUUUCAGACCAACACGAUCAAGACAAGAAGCCAGACAAAAGAGCACACUUCGAUGGAGAAAGUAGCUCAUUUGGGUACAUUAAUCUUGUUGCGUUUGUUUAAAUAUCAUGGCGUGGUCCAAAGUGAGAUACUAGAGCAAAUCACUUCACGUAUUGUGUCAAGAUCGUCCAGUACGUUACACUUUUUAGACUUACUGGCCUCUAUUAUUCGAGACUAUCCUGAUACUGUUGAACGAUACUUGACGAACGUAAGUGCUCCUUUGUUUAACUUGUAG